AUGCCUCCAAAGAAACAAAAUCAGCAGUCCGAAAAGUCAAAGCAAAAGGACAAACAAAAGAUUGUCGAAGAUAAGACGUUUGGCUUGAAAAACAAAAAAAAGUCUGCAAAAGUGCAACAGCAAAUUAAGCAGAUAGAGAAUCAGGUGAUGCAAGCGGGAAACAGGAAGGCUCAGAAAGAAAAAGAGGCUGAGAAACAAGCUCUUGCAAAUAAAAAACUCGCCGAACAAAAAAAGAAAGAAGAGCUUGCCGAACUUUUUAAACCCGUGCAAGUGCAGAGGGUUCCAUUUGGUGUGGAUCCCAAGACGGUUCUGUGUCAGUUUUUUAAGGUCGGACAAUGCCAAAAAGGUGACAAGUGUAAAUUCUCUCACGACUUGAACGUGGAAAGGAAAAGUACGAAAAUUGAUAUAUACACGGAUUCAAGACUUGACGAAGAAAAGAAGAAUGACACAAUGGAAAAGUGGGAUCAGGAGAAGCUUGAACAAGUUGUUACUUCAAAACACGGAAACCCUAAGACCACUACAGACAUUGUGUGCAAAUAUUUCUUAGAGGCCAUCGAGAAUCAAAAGUAUGGUUGGUUCUGGGAAUGUCCAAACGAGGGAAAAAAAUGUAAAUAUCGACAUGCCCUUCCACCAGGGUUUGUGUUGAAGAGUAAAGCACAAAAGAAAGCUGAAGAGGAGGAAAAGGAACAAAUUACUCUCGAAGAAUUUCUGGAAACGGAGCGUCAUAAAUUGGGACCAAAUCUCACUCCCGUCACCUUCGAGAGUUUUGCCGAAUGGAAAAAUAAUCGGAAAUCAAAGAUUGAAGCUGAACUGGAAAUUAAAAGAGCCGCUAAAGAGGCCGCUUUCAAGGCUGGUAAGGCUCAAGGCAUGUCGGGUCGUGAUCUUUUCACCUUCAAUCCGGAUCUCGAAGAUGAAAAUGUUGAAGAAAAUGUUGUUCACGGUCAGGGGAAUGACGACCAAUAUAAUUCGACCUCGGAAAACCCUUAUGGAGAGGGAAGCAGUAGUAUCAAUAAAGGUGAUUAUGAUAAAAUAGACAAUCCUGAUGACACUCCUUUGGUUACUGCAGACGGAGUGGAAGUAAAAGAGGAAUUGUUUGCAGAAGAGGAUCUGGAUGAUUUAGAUGAUGAGGAAUGA